CAAAUACUGAUGAGCGCCGCCAAAGCCGCCGCGACAGCGGUGUUGGACCGCGCGUCCUUCUUGCAGACGCUCCAGGUCAUGGGCGUCGCCGCGGAAGGCAAGCAGAUCGGACACAUCAUCAAGACCUUCUCGCAGCAUCUGCUGAACCGACCCAAGCUGCGCAACGUCGUGACCAGCGCCAAGCCCAACGUGUCCAAGUUGGUCUUGCUCAGUGAAAAGAUUCAAGGCAACGACCUUACGGGAUGUCCACAAGAGCUGCACGACUACAUUCGAGCGGAGAACCUUCAGGUUCAACCGCAUGAAAUCUCGCUCGACUAUUCGUUCUGGUCCGUGGAACACGUCCUGCGGCGCAUCCUCCCCGACACGAUCACCGAGAUCCCCGCGUCCUUUGAAACGAUCGGGCACAUUGCGCACUUGAACCUCCGUGACUUCCAUCUCCCGUACAAGCACGUGAUCGGCCAAGUGAUUCUCGACAAGAACACGCCGCGCAUCAAGACCGUUGUCAACAAGACCGACGUCAUCGACAGCGUCUUCCGCACGUUCCCCAUGGAAGUCUUGGCCGGCGACGACAACAUGGACGUCGUACUGCACGAAACAGACUGCACCUUCCACUUCAACUUUGCCCAUGUGUACUGGAACUCGCGGCUACAGCAAGAGCACCUCCGCCUCGUACGCUCAAUCGACCCGACCGACGUCGUAUGCGACAUGAUGUGCGGCAUCGGUCCGUUCGCGAUCCCCCUCGCGAAGCGCGGCUGCAUCGUGUACGCCAACGACCUCAACCCCCACAGCUUUGCCGCGCUCAAUGUGAACCGCCAAAAGAACAAGGUCGACGGCCGCGUCCGCAGCUUCAACAUGGACGGCCGCGCGUUCGUUGCCCACCUGCUUGCAUCCAAGAUCCAAUUCACCCAAGUGAUUAUGAACCUGCCGGCGAUCGCGCUCGAGUUUCUCGAUGCCUUUCCAGGCCAGUUUGACCACUGGCAAGGGGAUUUGCCCACUGUCCAUACAUAUUGCUUUACGACCAAUAUGGACUCACCCGACAAGGAUGUUCAAGAGCGCGCGGAAGCCGUGUUGGGCGCGCCGUUGACCGAGUUCCGAGUGCAUCAUGUGCGAGAUGUGGCCCCCAAGAAGCUCAUGAUGUGCAUAUCGUUCAAACUGCCCGCGGCGUCGGCGUACUCUGCCGACAAAUUCAAGGACCUGCACAGCAAAAAACAAAAAGUUGCGGCCGAGUAGUAUUGUUUUCAUGAAAUAAUCGUGGGUUUCCACCAAAAAUAGCGAUUUUUUCACCAACA